GUCCCGCGAUCCCCGCCGACCAUGUCGUUUCCAGUCCAUUAUAUCUUAGUCCGUACUCCGUGGUCUAGAUAGUCAUUAUUCUAUUCUUAUUUUAUAGAGAUCUAGGCCGUGACAUAUAAUUAUAGGAAUGAAGCGAAAUACACGAUUUAAGAUAGCAAUUAUAAUUCAUGAUAACAAUUAACAAUCUAUAAUAUUCAAAAAUUUGGUUAUUUCUUUUCAACCGAAGUCCUACUUUGCGUUUGAAUUUUUGCAUUAUUUACAAAGUUAAUGCUUUAUGACUUAUGUUUAUUGCAAAAAAACUUUAUAGUUUAUACAUUUAUCAUUAAAAAUGCCUAUGAAAAAACGGCUGUUUUAUUUGUGGCAGAAGUUUAAAUGCUAAAUCAAAAUCGGAAAACAUCAGUUUUCACAGAUUUCCUUCUAAAGAUUGCAUUCUGCAAAAGUGGCAUGGUUUUUUUCUAAGUCAUGAUUUAGCAGUAGACAAAAUCAAGAAGAGUAAUCUUAAUUGUUCUCUUCAUUUUGUACCUGAGUCAUUUAUUGUGCAGAAUAAAUUGAGACUUCUACAAAAACACGCUAUACCAACUAUAAAAAAUCGAGAGUAAAAGGGGCAGAGAUUGAGUAUCCUGAAUUAAAAGAAAAACUAUCCAUAGCAGAACAUAGCAGCAGUACCUCUAAACUUCAUAUGGAAAAGAUUUUAGUUAAAGUGCCUAAUAUUAGUGAGCUACCUGAAGUUUUUGUACCAUUAGCUAAUUUGGACCAAACUAUGGCUAGUUCAUCAUCAAGAUCAGAAACUUUAAGUCCCAGUACACCUACAGUUAGAAAAAAAUUCAAAUCUUCUUUUUUGGCUGCUACAUAUGCGUCUUCUAAUGACUCACCGAGUUGUUCAUAUCUAAAAUAUAGAAUUCGUACUUUGUCAGAUGAAAUUCAGAAAAAAAACAAAAAAAUAAGAGGUUUACAACAAAUUGUCCGGCGCAAAAAUAAAAAAAUUGCUUCUUUGUAUGAAAUUAUUUGCAAACUGAAAAAUAAUAAUCUUUUAACUGAAGAGGAUCCUAAUAUUCAAUUAUUUGGCAAUGAAAAAAUGGAAGAGCUAGUGGACAUAGACAAUAUUAAUGAUGAUGAUGUUGCCAAUGAGUGCAUUGAUAACAUGUUAAAUAAUUAUUUAAAUGGUGAUUUUAUGGACACAAGUUAUACUAAACAAAAUGUCAACACCACUCAACAUGAUCAUAACUAUUUUAUUACUGCUAAAGGAUUAAUGAAUGAGAAAUAUGCUGAUGUCAACAAAACUAUUAUUAACGAUGUUUCAACUGAUCAAUUAGAUAAAGACGUGUCAUUACCUACUUUUGAUCAACCUGAGAAAACAUCAAUUACAAUAACCAAUGCACCAAAAUCAGUUUUAAAAAAUUCUACAAAUAUAUUAACAAUUGGAUUACCAAAAAAAAACAAGGAUUAUACCAUCCAGUGGCUUUUAGACUCUAAUACUAUUUAGAGCAUCAAAUUAUAAUUAUUCAGUGGUUAACAAAUUAUUCAAUUGCCAAAAAUGUCAGAAAACAAAAUUAUAUUAUACAAAGAGAAGACAAAAACUCGUGUUGAACUCAUUCAUAUGGGAAUAGUUGAACUAGAAGUUAAAUAUUAAUUUAAUCAAACCAUUGUGUAGUACUGGUGCUUAGGAUUUCCUUAAAAACAUAAUUGAAUAAAAAAAAACAAAUUAAUGUCUGGAUGUGCCCUACUUGUCAAAGUGAAAUAAAUUAUGAAGAUUCCAUUUUAUGUAAUUCCUGUUUAAUGCUGUACCAUAAAAAAUGUGUUAACGUAACACCCAAAAAGAAAAAAUUGAGUUCUUGGUUAAGUUGGUUAAUUUGUUAUAAUUCGAAAUCAAAAACUAACUGACUGCAUACAUUUUAAUAUAAUUAUAUUUAUCAUAAAGAAUUGAAUCCAAUGUCUUCAUUAUUUAUGCACACCGCCUAAUAUGAACUUCACUCUCAACUCAGAAUCCAAUUCUGAUGGCCUUAAAUAAUUCUGAGUAGGUAUACUGUACAAUAUACAGUGUACAUAAUAGUAUAAUACUGUCAUAAUUUAAUAUGUUUUUAUAAUCUUGUAACAAUCAAAAUUGCGGGGAAGUCAAUUUCAAGUAGACUUGACGACGAAUUCAAAUCUGUUUUCAGAAUUCUUAUCGCUUCAUUAGAUCAAUUGAUAUGUUUGGCAAAGAAUCCGUCUAAAAUUCUAUGUCGCGCGUGUGUUAGACAAAGACACAAAAUCGCCGGGCGGAAUCCCCUUAAUAUCACCACAUUUAUUAUUGAUGUAAACUUUGAUGAACAUUGAACAAAAUAUAAUAUUUACUUUUGGCACCCUUUAAGGUCUAACUUAGUGCAUGUCUAAAUUUUUAAAAUUUUUUAAAAAUUACUUAGGGGGAAAUAAUGUAUUAGAGCCUCAUCACUAGGGCUCGGAUGUUUAUGAAAUUGCAUAUUUUUUUCUAUUUGUCCAAUUUAAUGCUAACAUGGAUACAAAUUUAAUUCAUGUUCUACUGAAUCAAAUAAUACUAUUUUUAUUUUGCAUAUUUUUGCAUAUUUAAUGGUUUUGUAUUUUAAUUGCAUAUUUUGGGAUUUUAAAAAUAAAAAUGCUUAUUUCAGUACAUUUUUUAAAAAAACAAUUUGAAUUACACAAUUAGUUCUACAAUUUGUAUAUAUAAGUUGUAUAGGUGGUAAGUACAAUCUACCACGCAUUGAAGUGAAAUAUAAAUAUUUAUUAUCGACUAUCUUUGGUCUAUUAACUUUGGUACAAAUUUCAAAAAUACAUUCAGGUGAAGUUGAUACUAUGGAAGGAAUAGAAAAAGAUUUGAAGGCUGAGGAUCUUGCAUUCUUCAAAUAUGCUCUUAUAACAUCAGUUGAUGUAGAACAAAGUUUUUCACGCUACAAAAAUGUACUUACUGAUAACAGAUGCAGUUACAAUCAAAUUAUAAAAACCAUAAUAGCAAAGUGUAAAGCUAAUAAUGUAAUAAUUAAUAAAUAAUAAUGUAAAUUAAAGUAAAUAAAACGCUAUGUGAAUUUAAAAAAUGUAUUUUAAAUUGUAGUAAAAAAAAUAAUAAAUAAAAAUAACUACUAGGUAAUAAAAAUAAAAAUAUUAUAUUUUUGUUUUAUGAAUUAUAACAAAUUUUUUUGUGCAUAUUUUGGUGUUUUUAUUGGCUAUAAAUGCAUAAUUUAUCAUUUUUAGCACAUAUUUUGAUUGCAUAUUUCGUAAAUUUGUAGUACAUAAAUGCAUGCAUAUUACAGUAGUUUUAAGUGCAUAAACAUCCGAGC